UUGGCAAACACAAAAAUAAAAAAUAAAAAAAAGCCAAGUGAAACGUCACCUGUGUCUAAAUAAAAAUAUUUUUUAUUUUAAAAUAAAAUAUUUUUGCCAUAUUUUGCAAUUUGUACAACAUUUAUUGCGGUUUUCACGAGUAUUUGAGAAAUACAAUUCCUAUUCAUAAUGGCCAGCACAUCAAGGCCAGACAUGUCAAAUAAAGUAGUUUGCUAUGCUCACCCAGAGGCACCCCUUAUAGAGGACUACAGAGCUGGUGAUAUGAUUUGUUCUGAAUGUGGCUUAGUUGUCGGUGAUCGAGUGAUUGACGUAGGCUCAGAAUGGCGUACGUUCAGUAAUGAAAAGAGUGGCGUCGACCCCAGUCGUGUUGGUGGACCUGAAAAUCCUCUGUUAAGCGGAGGAGAUUUAUCGACUAUGAUUGGUCCAGGGACUGGUGCUGCAUCUUUUGAUUCUUUCGGAACUCCAAAGUACCAGAACCGUCGUACAAUGAAUAGUUCAGAUCGAGCUUUGAUUUCAGCUUUUAAAGAGAUAUCUAUGAUGGCUGAUAGAAUUAACCUUCCAAAGACAAUUGUUGAUCGAGCUAAUAAUUUAUUUAAACAGGUUCACGAUGGCAAAAAUUUGAAAGGUAGAUCAAACGAUGCAAAAGCUUCUGCAUGUCUAUAUAUUGCAUGCCGGCAGGAAGGAGUUCCAAGAACUUUUAAAGAAAUAUGUGCAGUUAGCAAAAUUAGCAAAAAAGAAAUUGGUCGAUGUUUCAAACUCACACUUAAAGCAUUAGAAACUAGCGUGGAUCUUAUUACAACCGCUGAUUUCAUGUCACGUUUUUGCGCUAAUUUAGGUCUUCCUAAUAUGGUUCAAAGAGCCGCAACGCAUAUAGCUAAAAAAGCAGUUGAAAUGGAUAUUGUACCUGGACGUUCUCCUAUUUCGGUAGCAGCUGCCGCCAUAUAUAUGGCAUCUCAGGCGUCAGAACACAAAAGAAGCCAGAAAGAAAUUGGUGACAUUGCUGGUGUGGCUGAUGUUACAAUUCGUCAAUCGUAUAAAUUGAUGUACCCGCAUGCAAAUAAAUUAUUUCCAGAAGAUUUUGUUUUCACUACAUCGAUUGAAGACCUUCCUCAGAUGUAAUAUAUAUUUAAUUAUAAUUUUCUUUUUUUAAUAUUAAGACUGUAGAUUUACAUACAUAUAUUAAUUUGUUUAUAAAAUCUUUGAUGCUAAUUUUUUCAUUGAAACUUUUAAUAAAAGUAAAAAAGUUAAUA